AUGAAAACGCUCAAACACGUUAUAGACACUCAGGCCAGGAGAUGUUAUAGGGACGACCCCCAGAGCCCGUUCCUAAUAGUAACAUCUUUACCUCCUUCGUUUCCAAAAGAGUUUGAGUCUGACACAAAUCGACGUUUUACUGCAAACCUACAAGAAAAGAUUCUCGUUAUUGAAACCAUGGCGAAGCCUUCACACGCGUUGAUGGCCUACGACUUGAUGCAGCCCAUCCAGCGCCAGACAGAUGGCAUGGGCCUUCACAACGAGCUCCAUGGAGUGCAUCCCUUCAAGGUAGAGAGUAUGACUGGCAACUGGGUUAGAGAGGGAGAUGGCGGAUUUAUGCGAAUAAACAUUCUAGAUUGGCCUAUAGUAGCCAUCGAAAUAGGGCUGUCGGAGACUGAAAGCAAAUUAGCCACUGACGCACAAGGGCGGCUCGAGGUAGAAGGAUCAUGGACCGAGGCCGUGAUUAUGGUCAAAAUUGAUCGUCGGACACCAAGAAUCACAGUCAAACGAUGGGAGCACGAUAUGCCACCGUUCCGCCCUCAGACGCGCCAAUACAACCCAAUUGGGUCAGUUAUGGAGACAGUGAUCGUGACCCACGAGAUGGGAGUGAUGAAGGUCCAGCAACUGCUUGACCAUACCCUUCGAAAAGAUCUUCGGCAGAGCCAAACGGGGGCCCGACGAGAGAGAUAUCGUGCCGAACAAAGAUGA